AUGUUCUGUCCUAGAAGCAAGCAUCAGGCAUGCUGUGGUCCAUUGAGAGCCAGAAAUCAUGUUUUCAAUUCAAACGAGUCGAUUGAUUAUGGAGAUCAAGGGCUAGAACUAGUGGAAAUUUCCUUUCAGGGUAUUCACUCUGUGCAUUUGUCUAUAUUGUCUGAAAAAGGAGAUGUGAUAGCUACGGGCGAGCGCAGUUUUGAAAUGCGCCCAUUAUGGUUUGCUAUCAUCGGAGAUUCAUUCGCUUCUGGUGAAGGCAAUCCAGACGUUUACCAACACGAUGGCAAAAGCGCACAAUGGCUUGAUGAGCGGUGCCACCGAUCGUCGACGUCGUUUGCCGCGCAGGUGUUCAAGGAAAUUGCAGCCGUACAGUCGCAGAUGUACCUCACAUUUUUGGCUUGCGCUGGCGCAUCGGUUGAAAACGGGAUUCUGAAGUCGGAAAGCGGAUCUACAAGCCAGUUGGCUGUAUUGGAAAGUAUUUCCACAUUGAGAGGUCGCGGUCCAGACGUAGUAAUCUUGACCUUAGGAGGAAACGACAUUGGUUUCUCAGACAUCAUCAACGCUCUCGUUCAUGAAAAUGCUAGAUUUGAUAUCAGCCUAAUGGAUAUGAGAUUCUUUUUCGUCUCUCAUCAGCUGGACUUGGUCGCUGAACGGUUUGCGGCUAUGGGAACUGGCAGCGUGUUUGUACCCCAAUAUUUCGACUUCACAAAAAAUCAGUAUGGGGAAAUGGAUGCAAGUUGUAUUGGCUCGGGAGAGAUGUCUACGUCGAGUAUGACGUUUGCUGAGCGAAGAAUUUUGCGUCGACUGAAUACUCUGCUUCUUAAAAAAGGUGUCCAACAUAACUGGCACGUUGCAACUACUAUACCGGCACUUUUCGCUCGCCGAGGGAUCUGUUCAUCCCAGAGCUUCAUCAGAUCGAGACAAGAGUCCAUCACUCUCCAAGGCAACGCUAUGGGCGCCUUCCAUCCCAAUGAACUCGGACAUCGAGCUGUGGCUCAAGAAAUUCUGCGGAACCUGAGAGAAUGCGGAGUCGUUGAUGCACCUUGA